ACAGCAGGUCAUGCCACACUCCUUUCAAUGAUACUAUAUCUUUGUGAAGGUGGGUUUUUGGCAAAUGCCCUAUGCAAAUCAAUGUGGAACAGGAAGUGAGGCUGGUAAUGUCCUUGAUUCCAAGGUUUGAGAUGUCAGUACCCCACUGGCACACAUUAGCAAGCGAUUGUGGUAAAGAGUGAGGUUUUCUUUUAACUUAAAUAUAUUAUUUUUCAGAUGGCUACUUACUUGUUAGAGUAUUGUAUUAGUUUCCAGUGGCUGCUGUAACAAAUCACCACAACUUGGUGGCUUGAAGAAACAGAAAGCUACUCUCAGAGUUCUGGAAUCAGUAUCACUGGAAUAAAAUUAAGGUGUUGACAGGGCUGUGUUCCCCUUGGACGCUCAUGUGGAAAUUUUGCUCCUUGCCUCUUCCAGCUUCUGGUGGCUGCUGGCAUCCUUUGGCUGGUGGCUGCCUCACUCUAUUAUCUACGUCCAUGGUCACGUUGCCUUCCCCUCUCCCGUCUGCAUUAAAUCUCCAUUGCCCUCCAUUUUAUAAGGAUACAUGUGAUUGCAUUUAGGGCUCACCCUGAUAAUUCAGGAUCAUCUCUCCAUCUCAAGAUCUUUAAUCACUUCCAAAGGUCCUUUUCCCAAAUAAGGUAACAUCUGCUGGUUCCAGGGAUAAGGACCUGAUCUCUUUGGGUGGCCAUUAUCUAGCCCACUAUAGGCAAAAAUACAUGUUAAAUUAUUGGCACCUAACUUCUUUUUUGGGGGGUGGGGAGGGAAUUCAGUUUAUUUAAUGUGUUUCUUAGUAAUGGAAUCGUGGGGAAGAACAAAGUGGGCUCUGGGUCUCACAUUGCUUUGGGGGAGGCUCAGGCUUCCCAGAAUCCCUUGACCCUCCCCACUUUGGGCACUUAGGGGUGGGGCUGGGAAGUGAGAGGGACACGGCAGGGUAUGAUUGAUUAAAGCUAACAAGCAGGCUGCGGAGGAACGGCUGUUGGUUUCUGGUGGGUUCAGGUCCUCGGCUGGUCGGUUCUCCAGUGUUCUGCUCCUCUCUACUGAGCUGCUGCCUGGUGAAGAGGAAGCCAUAGCGCUCCGAGUCACCAGGAACUCGAAAAUUAAUGCUGAAAAUAUGACGAAGAUCAGUAUGGCAGGCGCAAAGCGCGUGCCUAUGGCCCCUGCUGCAACCUCCAAGCCCGGACUGAGGCCAAGAACAGCUCUUGGGGACAUUGGUAACAAAGUCAGUGAAAAACUACAGGCCAAAAUGCCUAUGAAAAAGGAAGGAAAACCUUCAGCUACUGGAAAAGUUACUGCUAAAAAACUACCAAAACCUCUGGAAAAUGUACCUAUGCUAGUGCCAGUGCCGGUGUCCCAGCCAGUGCCAGAGCCAGAACCUGAGCCUGUUAAAGAAGAAAAACUUUCGCCUGAGCCUAUUUUGGUUGACACUCCCUCUCUAAGCCCAAUGGAAACAUCUGGAUGUGCCCCUGCAGAAGAAGACCUGUGUCAGGCUUUCUCUGAUGUAAUUCUUGCAGUAAGUGAUGUGGAUGCAGAAGAUGGAGUGGAUCCAAACCUUUGUAGUGAAUAUGUGAAAGAUAUUUAUGCUUAUCUGAGACAACUUGAGGAAGAGCAAGCAGUCAGACCAAAAUACCUACUGGGUCGGGAAGUCACUGGAAACAUGAGAGCCAUCCUAAUUGACUGGCUAGUACAGGUCCAAAUGAAAUUCAGGUUGUUGCAGGAGACUAUGUACAUGACUGUCUCCAUUAUUGAUCGGUUCAUGCAGAAUAAUUGUGUGCCCAAGAAGAUGCUGCAGCUAGUUGGUGUCACUGCCAUGUUUAUUGCCAGCAAAUAUGAAGAAAUGUACCCUCCAGAAAUUGGUGACUUUGCUUUUGUGACUGACAACACUUACACUAAGCACCAAAUCAGACAGAUGGAAAUGAAGAUUCUAAGAGCUUUAAACUUUGGUCUGGGUCGGCCUCUACCUUUGCACUUCCUUCGGAGAGCCUCUAAGAUUGGAGAGGCUGAUGUUGACCAGCAUACUUUGGCCAAAUACCUGAUGGAACUAACUAUGUUGGACUAUGAUAUGGUGCACUUUCCUCCUUCUCAAAUUGCAGGAGGAGCUUUUUGCUUAGCACUGAAAAUUCUGGAUAAUGGUGAAUGGACGCCAACUCUACAGCAUUACCUGUCAUACACUGAAGAAUCCCUUCUUCCAGUUAUGGAGCACCUGGCUAAGAAUAUAGUCAUGGUAAAUCAAGGGCUUACAAAGCACAUGACUGUCAAGAACAAGUAUGCUACGUCGAAACAUGCUAAGAUCAGCACUCUAGCACAGCUGAAUUCUGCACUAGUUCAAGAUUUAGCCAAGGCUGUGGCAAAGGUGUAACUUGUAAACUUGAGUUGGAGUACUAUAUUUACAAAUAAAAUUGGCACCAUGUGCCAUCUGUA